UGCGUACUAACUUCCGGCUAAUCAAGUAACUUACAGAGAUAGCGCUGUCAGUGCUUUCAGCCCAAAGUAGCAAAUUGGCCGCCUAUUUGAAAACGCAAGAGGAGUGACAGUUUGUGAUUGACUCUGGGCGCAAAGCAUGAACAUCAUAUAACCUCACGACGUUGUUAACAGGAUUUCUAUAGCUGCGCCAAUGCUCGCUUUUGGCUUAACGAUAGUCCGACAUGGUGAGACGCAGUGCAACAAAGAUGGCCUUUUACAAGGUCAGAAAAUAGACUCUCCACUUUCUGAAAUUGGGAUACAGCAGUCUGAGGCUGCUGGUCAGUACCUCAGGGAUGUAAAAUUCACAAAUGUGUUUGUCAGUGACAUGAAACGUGCCAAGCAGACCGCAGAGAUCAUUGCGAGGAACAACAGAACCUGUCCUGAUAUAGAGCUAGUAGCAGAUCCAUCACUUAAAGAGAGAAGUUUUGGUAUAGCUGAGGGAGGACGAGUUAUAGAAAUGAAAAAUAUGGCUAAAGCAGCCGGACAGCCUCUGCCAGAGUUCACUCCGCCUGAGGGAGAGACCAUGGAGCAGGUAAAAGUGCGAAUCAAGGGUUUUCUCAAGACUAUGUUCCACCGAAUAGCUAAUGAACAUCAAGACAAAAUACAAGAUGGUGAAACAUCCCUAGCAGAUGAAACUGACAGGGCUCAAGCAGGACUUCCAGAUGAUGGAGUCUUGAAUGUGCCUGUCCAUGCCUUGGUGGUUGGCCAUGGGGCUUAUAUGAGCAUAGCUAUGAAGUAUUUCUUUGAGGACCUGAAGUGCCCCAUGCCCCGUGGUUUAGACCCUUCUCAGAGGUAUUCCAUCUGCCCAAACACCGGAAUGUGCCGAUUUCUUAUCACUUUGAAAUGUAAUAAUGUAGAUCCUGCACUUUCAGAUUUGAAAUGUGUGUUCAUUAACAGAAGAGAUCACAUCAAGGCUUAGAUUUAGAUUAAGAACAACCGUUUUAAAAUUUAUAAGGUAAAACGUAAGAAAUCAACAAAAUGUUUACAUGGAACGCAAAAAAAAAGAAGUCCUACUGUAUUCAAGCACUUUAACCAAAAUACAGAAUUUUGUGAUAGAAAAAACUUGUCAACUUUUUAAAAGACAAUAUUUUUAAAAAACAUCUGAAGGAUUUCAGUUAUAGAUAUAUGUAACUUAUCAGUCCUAUAUUAUAUCAUUUUAUAUAUGUGUUUACCAUUUAGACACUGACAGUAUUAAAUAUUGACUCUUAAAACUAUUUAAUAUUCUGUAAGGGAGUGUUUGUGUAAGUUAUUGAUUUCAUUUUGAAUGCUAUGAAAGUAUACAUUUUAAUUAAAUAAAUAUAUUCUCCAUCCA